AUUGGCUGUGCUCCUAUGAGCGGCUACCAGCUGCAGUGCAUGUGUAAUCUAUGCGUUGCGUUUUGAUUGAUCCAUGUGUGGGAUGCUUCACUCUGUAUAGAGACAUUGAGCUGACUUCGUGCAGAGAGGGAAAACGCUAAAAGGUUGAGGAAUUAAUUGAUUUAUGAACAGAAAWGGGUCCGUACUAACCUCUCUUUCUUGUCCCGUGGAGGAUUUCGUACCAAUCCCGCGCUAAAGGCGCGAAAUUAUUCCGGUCACGUCGCGCGCUGAAAGCCGGCUGUCCUGGAGCUUUGGUGCUCUGUGCACGCGAGAUAGCGCAGCGCGCGGACACCUGCAGUAGAAUGUAGCGGGAAUUCCCCUCCUAAACCCGCGCAAGGAGAAUUUCCGAGAGCUGCACACCACUCAAUCACCCUCAUUGGGGUCCCGUCACAGCCAAGAGAAAGGGAGAGGGCGGGAAAUGGGCUGGCGUGGCCAUUGCUAUGCGUGAGCGAGUGCCGCGGUGUCCAUGGAGACCGAGGUCUACAGCAAGCUUCUGGAGACUAGCGAUGGGCAGGGGACGGGGCUUCUGGAGGGAGGGGACUCGCUGGGGGCUGAGGAGGGCUGGAGCCCCCCCUUACCCCUGGGCUUUCAGGUGUCCCUCACCAGUGUGCUGAUGCUGGAGCUGGUGCUGGGAUUCAGCAGCAACCUGACCGUGCUGGUGCUCUACUGCGCCCAGUCCAACCUGGUCGACUCGGUCAGCAACAUGGUCACGGUCAGCCUGCACGUGCUGGACAUCCUGGUGUGUGUGCUGUGUCUGCCGCUGACUGUGGCGGUCAUCCUGCUCCCAGCAGACGGUAGUGGCGGGGGCAGCCUGGCUACGCUGUGCUGCUUCCAUGAGGCCUGCGUCACCUUCACCAGUGUGGCCACGGCCAUUAAUGUGCUGGUCAUCAGCCUGGACCGCUACGACAUCUCCGUCCGGCCAGCCACACGGCUGUUGACCCCGCGGCGAGCUGCACUCCUCCUGGCCGCUGUCUGGGCCAUGUCAUUGGCCGUCUUCUUCCUGCCCUUCCUGGAGGGGGACUUCUUCUUCUCUGGGGUGGAGGUGGAAGACAGCGAGGGAGGAAGAGGAGGGGGGGAGAUGGACAUGGGGGAUCUAACCUCUGGCCCAGAAUCUGACCCUGAGACCCCUACUGGGCUGACCCCCACUCGGCUAAACCCUACUGGGCUGACCCUCACCCCCUCCUCCCCCUCUACUCCCUACUAUUCCCACCACCUGCCGCCAGUGUGGCAGAAUCGGACAUUGCUGUGUGUAGGGGGGCAGGGCUACCACACGGGGCUGGCCAUGUACUACCACCUUCUUCUGCAAGUGCCCUGCUUCUUCAUCGCCGUCAUUGUCAUGCUGUUCACAUACUACCGCAUCCUGCAGGCCCUCAACAUCCGCAUCGGCACCCACAUCAAGAGGGGCCCACGGGCCUCCAAUAAGGACUCAGGCUGCAGGAUCCGCAGGCGGAGACAAAGGAGGAAGGGGCUGAGUCUGGCCACAGAGGGGGGAGCGACCCCUGCCUCCCAGGCCCCUACCUCCACUGACGCCAUCUCCCCCCCGCCGGUGGCGGCAGACCGCCCAGGUGUCCAGGCCUCUGUGUCAGCCAUCAUUGCCUUGAGGCGGGCCGUGAGGCGUCACCGAGACCGGCGGGAACGCCAGCGGAGAGUCUUCAAGAUGUCCCUUAUCAUAAUCUCCACCUUCCUGGGCUGCUGGGCUCCUCUGUCCAUGGUCAACGUGUUGAUCCUGUGCCUGGGCCCCAGUGACAGCCUGGUACGUGUGAGGCUCUGCUUCCUGGCCAUGGCAUAUGGCACCACCAUCUUCCACCCGCUGCUCUAUGCCUUCACCAGACAGAAGCUGCGUAAAGCGCUGAAGACCCGUGUCAAGAAGAGGGUGGUGUCCCUGCUGCAGGUGGACCCAGCACCCAGCGGGGGAACUGUUAUUCUCAACUCCUGGGUGGAGGGGGGAGGACAGAGGAAGGGACGCAAGCCUCGACUGGAGGGCAGUGACGCCACCAGUAACUGUCUGACAGUGGCUGUGAGAGAAUGAGAGGGUGUGUGUCUGUGUGUAUGUGUGUGUGUUUGUUUGUGUGUGUGUCUGUCUGUCUGUGUCUGUGUGUAUGCGUACAUGUGAUAGUUGACAAAGGUCAGGUGACAUCAUUAGCUCCUCCCUCCAUCGAGGAGGGCAGGUGAGCCCAGAGCUCUAAUUAAUGUCAGACCUGCUCUGUGAUAUACACAGCUCCUCAUUAGUCCCCCAGGCAAGAUGCCUGCUCCGUCUCCAUGGCAACACCAAGCUACCAAGCAAUAUGUGACAUCACCUGCUCCACCACAACCUUAGUUACUUUAUAUACAUUCCAGUACAGGUAAACAGCAACAAUCCACACAAUCCAUACAUGCAUGCACAUUGAUCAACCUGUAGUCAUUCACGGAGCAAGUAAGCACACAAUAUAUACCUGCACACAGAACUCAGUGAGAGUCAAUAUCCAGUGACAUUUUAUAAUUUGAUUAGUCAUGCCUUAAUUCAGUUCCUAAUUGAUUCCCAUGGUUCUGAAUGUUUUACUGUAUGUGUAUUGUGUUUACAAGAAUGUAGUGUGUGUGUGUGUGUGUGUGUGUGUGUGUGU